UACAAAGAUAAGAUGAUUCAGGGCUCAAUGAUUAUGCCCUGUGUUAUAUCAUAUGAGGUUAAAAAGAGCCAACCAUCCCCCCAGGCCCCUUCUUUUCUAAACCCCGCCAUUUGAUGUUUGAGAAAAAGUGUUUAUUCGAAGUGUUUUGAGGAGAGAAGCAUCUAUGCGUUUUCUUCUUGCGUAGGUCUCUCUUCUGCUGCUCUCUGUCUCAAAUCAUAUGGCAAAACCAGCACCUUUGUUUACUGUAAUAGACACUCCCUUCUCUUUAGUUUAAAGACUGGUUUUUGUUUUUUUGGGGCCAUAGAACCAAGCUUUGCCAUUGUUGAUCAAUGACUAAAGGAUUCGUGUUCUUCCUUUCUCUGUUUCUUUGUUCACAAUUUUUGUCCCAAGCCGAAAAGAAUCAAGCUGAGAUCCAAGCCUUGACAUCUUUCAAGCUUAAUCUUUUUGACCCACUUGGAGCUUUAAAUGGGUGGGAUCCAUCAACAACUGCGGCUCCGUGCGACUGGCGUGGAGUUACAUGUUCCAACAACCGAGUCACCGGGCUACGUCUACCUAUGCUUCAACUCAGUGGACGACUCACUGACCGUCUUUCUGAUCUCAAGUUUCUUACCAAACUCAGCCUCCGUUCUAACUCCUUCAAUGGCAGCAUACCGUCCACUCUGUCGCAAUGCAAGCUUCUACGCUCUGUUUUCUUGCAGUACAACUCACUCUCUGGGACAUUACCCUCCGGGAUACGUAAUCUCACUGAUUUAACCAUGUUAAAUUUAGCUCAAAACCAUUUAUCCGGUGAAAUCUCAGGGGAUCUCCCACGGAAUAUCAAGUAUCUUGAUCUUUCUUGGAACUCAUUUUCUGGUUCAGUUCCUACAAGCAUUGCCAAUUUAUCUCAGCUCCAACUCAUUAAUCUCUCGUAUAACCGGUUUUCCGGUGAGAUUCCUGCUAGUUUUGGUGAGCUUCAACAGCUUCAAUAUCUCUGGCUUGAUUAUAAUGCUUUAGAAGGGACAUUACCUUCUGCUUUAGCCAACUGCUCUUCACUUAUUCAUUUUAGUGCUGAGGGCAAUUUGCUUGGUGGGGUUAUCCCAGCAGCCAUUGGAGCUCUUCCUAUGCUUCAAGUUGUUUCACUUUCUCAUAACAAUCUCUCAGGAACGGUGCCUGUUUCUUUGUUCUGUAAUGUCACUGUUUACCCGCCUUCCAUUCGGAUUGUUCAGUUGGGGUUUAAUUUGUUUAGUCUUGUAGUUGGUCCCGAAUCAGAGAAAUGUUAUAGUGUUGUACAGGUUUUGGAUCUUUCUGAGAAUCGGAUUGGUGGGGUCUUUCCCUCAUGGCUAAGGCGUGUAACAACUUUAACAAUGUUGGAUGUUUCUGGCAAUUUGUUUUCAGGUGAGAUUCCUGUUCAGGUUGGGAAUUUGUCUAGAUUGGAGGAGCUGAAAAUGGCUAAUAAUUCUUUUACUGGUGUGGUUCCCAUUGAGAUUAAGCAAUGUGGUUCGUUGCAUGUUCUUGAUCUUGAAGGAAAUCGGUUUUCUGGUGAAAUCCCUGCUUUUUUAGGUUACAUGACUGGUUUAAAAGUGCUGUCUCUUGGGAGAAACCUGUUUUCAGGUUUGUUUCCGGCUAGUUUUCGUAAUCUCAUCGAGCUUGAAACCUUGAAUUUGGCACAUAAUAACUUGACUGGAAGCUUGCCGGAGGAGAUAAUGGGAUUGAGCAAUUUGAGUACGUUGGACUUAAGUGGGAACAAGUUUUAUGGUGAGAUUCCUGCAAGCAUUGGGAACUUGAGUAGGAUUGUUGUUUUGAAUCUAAGUGCUAAUUGGUUUUCGGGAAAGAUGCCAGCAAGUUUGGGCAAUUUGUUCAAGCUGACUACACUUGAUUUAAGCAAGCAGAACCUCUCUGGUGAGUUGCCGAUUGAGCUUUCUGGUUUACCGAAUCUUCAAGUGAUUGCUUUGCAAGAAAAUAUGUUAUCUGGGGAAAUUCCUGCAGGGAUUGGUAGUUUGAUGAGUUUGCAUUAUGUGAAUCUCAGUUCCAAUUCAUUUUCUGGUUAUAUACCGGAAACUUUUGGCUUUCUUCAUUCAUUAGACGCUCUUUCGUUGUCUGAUAAUCACCUAACUGGGGUGAUCCCCCCUGAGCUUGGGAACUGCACAGAGCUUGAAGUUCUCGAGCUCAAAUCAAAUUCUUUGACAGGUCACAUUCCUACCGAUCUCUCUCACCUUCCACAGUUGAAUGUGCUAUAUUUGGGUGGUAACAAUUUAACAGGAGAAAUCCCGGGGGAUAUUUCCAAAUGCUCGUCACUGACUGCUUUGCUUCUCGAUGCUAACCAGCUUUCUGGAAGCAUACCGGAUACUCUUUCCAAGUUAUUAAAUCUCACCAUGCUUGAUCUUUCGUCAAAUAACUUGAGCGGAUGGAUUCCUUCCGAUCUCGGUCUUGUUUUAGCAUUGGUCUACUUCAAUGUCUCAAGGAAUGGCCUAGCAGGAGAGAUUCCAGUUACUCUGGGUUCUAGAUUUGACAAUCCAUCUGCAUUCGCAGAAAACCGAGACUUAUGUGGAGAGCCAUUGGAUCGAAGGUGCGAGGAUGCAACCAAAAAGAGCAGGAGGAAAAGGUUCAAUGUGUUGAUUGUUGUGGUAGUAUGUGCUGCUUGUCUCUUGUCAACAUGUUGUUUCUAUGUCUUCAGUCUAUUGAGGUGGCGCAAGAAGCUUAAAGCAGCCACCGGGGAGAAGAAAAGGAGCCCUACAAGGGCUAGUUCCGGAGCAAGUGGUGGCCGUGGCAGCACUGAUAAUGGGCGGCCAAAGCUUGUUAUGUUCAACAAUAAGAUCACACUCGCAGAGACGAUUGAAGCAACUAGCCAAUUUGCUGAAGAGAACGUGCUUAGCAGAAGCCGGUAUGGUUUAGUAUUCAAGGCUUGUUACAAUGACGGAAUGGUGCUCUCUAUUCGCCUCCUGCCAGAUGGGUCCCUUGACGAAAACAUGUUUAGGAAAGAAGCUGACUAUUUAGGCAAAUUGAAGCACCUGAACUUAACCGUUCUCCGUGGCUACUAUGCAGGGCCACCGGACUUAAGGCUGCUGGUUUACGAUUACAUGCCGAAUGGAAGCCUUGCAACACUCCUCCAAGAAGCAUCCCACCAAGAUGGUCAUGUCCUAAAUUGGCCAAUGCGCCACCUAAUAGCUCUAGGCAUUUCCCGCGGACUAGCCUUUCUACACACAUCCAACAUGGUGCACGGAGAUGUCAAGCCCCAAAACGUGCUAUUCGACGCCGAUUUCGAAGCACACUUAUCAGACUUCGGCUUGGAUCGUCUCGCAAUUGCAACUCAGACCGAAGCUUCAACUUCAACUUCUGUUGGUACAUUAGGGUAUGUUUCCCCAGAGGCAGUUGUAAGAGGGGAAGGCAGCAAAGAAUCAGAUGUGUACAGCUUUGGCAUUGUGAUGCUUGAACUACUGACAGGGAAGAGACCAAUUAUGUUCAGGGACGAUGAAGACAUUGUUAAAUGGGUGAAGAAGCAUCUUCAGAGAGGCCAAAUCAUAGAACUUUUAGAACCAGGGCUACUUGAGCUUGACCCCGAAGCGUCGGAAUGGGAAGAAUUUCUGCUAGGAAUCAAAGUUGGGUUACUUUGCACGGCUCCGGAUCCCGUUGAUCGGCCAACAAUGUCGGAUAUCGUGUUCAUGCUUGAAGGUUGUCGUGUGGCUCAUGAUAUUCCCUCAUCGGCCGAUCCAACGUCGCAGCCUUCACCGGCAUAA